AUGUUUGACUUCGUAGCUCCCAAGAUGAAGGAUUUCUUCCUACCGGCCUCCUACAGGUCUCGCCUUAUCCUGCCUAUGUGUACAUGUUGGCUCUCUCAGACUAUGAAGAUCUUGGUGCUUGAGGGUUCUGCUAUCAUACAACAUGCAGUUAUACAGACGAGGGAGAUCCGGUUCACGCUCCCGCCGAGCAUGGCGCCUCUCGCUGCCGCCACCCACGAGCACGAGAACCCACCUGACGGAGGGGUCGACGGGCCCGCCCCACACUCCGGGGUCACCUCGCUCAGCGGAUGUAAGCGGAGGGCUGUCUGGCCGCGGAGCAGCGGCGGCGGCGGCGGCAGCAGCGGCUCCUCCUCCACGCAGGACUUCGCCUCCCCUUCGUCGUCGUCCUUGGCGUCCUUGGGCUCCCUGGACGCCAUCGGAGGGGGCGUGGCGUCCGAGGCGAGGCGGUCCUCCAUCACGGACAUGAGGAGGCGGUCCCUGCAAGGAUACAGCCUGGGCACGCUGAACCCUGAACUCUACCGCAUACCCGACCACCUCGACGACCCGGGCAGCUACCCACCAGGUCACCUCGGGCGGGUCUUCCUCACCCUGCACUACCACCAGGAGACCGAGAAACUGCAGGUCGGCCUCCUCAGGAUCAGAAACCUGCCCUCCAGGACGCUCGGUUCCAACAACGCUUGUGAUCCUUAUGUCAGACUGAGCGUACUUCCCGAUGAGCGACGUUAUCUGCAGACGAAGCAAAAGAAGAAGACUUGUAAUCCUGUUUUCGACGAGCACUUCGGGUUCCACAUCCCCCUGCGGUGCGUGAGCGAGCGCAGUCUCCGCGUGAGUGUGUUCGACGGCGGCAGACACAAGCGGCAGGCGGCCAUCGGUCACGUGAUCUACCCCCUGGCGCAGGUCCCCGCCGACUCAGCCGCCGCCGUGGCCGCUUCCAACGGCUCCACCACCAACAACAUCAUCGUCAGAGACCUGUCCAGGGAGGACGAGACGGUGCCCAACAAUGACCUUGGAGAGAUCCUCGUGUCCUUGACCUUCAACGACAACCUGCACCGCCUGUCCAUCACCGUGUUCCAGGCCAAGGGAAUCAAGGUGAACGAGGGCGAGGUCGUGUCCUGGGUCAAGGUGUCCCUCAUGAACCAGCGUCGGGCGGUCAAGACGAAGAAGACAGCUGUUGUGGCGGCGAACGACGAGCCCCAGUACAACGAGUCCUUUCACUUCAGACCCCCGCCCGCCCUCGAGGGGGUCCACAUCACCCUCCAGCUGUACGUGGCGUCGAGCUCCAACUCUAAAGGUCGUCUCGUGGGUCGUGUGACCAUCGGGUCCUUCAUGUUCGCACGAGGUCGAGCCCUAAACCACUGGAAUGAGGUCCUCUCGACGCCCAAGGAACCUAUACAGUUCUGGCACUCCCUCACGGAGUAGUCCUGACAGCUGGCACUCUCUCAUGGAGUAGUAAUGUUAGGUCUCAAAGUAUUGUUAUUGUUCUAAAGUGUGGAAAAUGACCCCCAAAAGGUAUUGAGUAAUUUCAUCUCUAACAACAUCUAGUCACUCUUCUUCAGUAACUGUCACACGGUAGUUUUAUUUUGACUAUUUUUUUUUUUUUAAAUAACGAUACAUACAACAUACUUCAAAGAAAACUAUGGUUAUAUUAACACUGGCGUGAACGAAAUGCAGAUAACAUUAACAGUAACCCUUUCAUAUGACAACACCAGCAAUAAAGACAAUAUUUA